AUGGCGUUAUCUGCAGGAGCAAUUCAGGCUAUUUGCAACGGUGAAAACCCACCAACACCGAUUUUUCAAGUGGCUGCUGUAAGAAAGAUCCAAAAUGAAAAGCUUUCUGUCGAACGUUACAGAAUUGUUCUCUCCGAUGGCAUCCAUGCUUAUUCAUCCGUCAUGUUGGCAACUCAACUAAAUCAAAGAGUUACUAGUGGUGAAUUGGAUGCUAAAGCUAUUAUUAAGCUCAAUAACUACACUUGUAAUAUUGUACAAGAAACAAGGAAAGUACUGGUAAUCUUAGAUUUAACAGUUCUUACUUGUGGAAGUGAAACGGAUAUAAUUGGUCAGCCCAAACCGUAUAAUGACCAAUCUGCCCCCUCAAAAUCAAACAAUUACCAACCGCAGCAAGAGAUACAACAGCAGAAACCAAGUUAUGCUCCCACCAAUAGAUCUAUGAACCAAGUGACAAAUCCCCGUCCCACCAUCCAUCCCCAACAGAAUUUGGUUGACAAAUCCGAAAAUCGCAUUGUUUUUCCAAUCAGUAGCCUCACUCCUUAUCAAAACAGAUGGACGAUUCGAACUCGUGUAACGAGUAAAAGUGAAAUUAGAAAAUGGAGCAAUUCACGAGGCGAAGGAAAACUAUUUAGUGUCGAUUUAAUUGAUGAAUCG